CUCGACAGGGAAGACCCCUUCCAAAGACACCUUCUUCUCGUCUUCGCAUUUUCAGCUACUCCAUUACUGUGACGUCCUUUCGCCGACACAAGACAACAGAUUCAUCCAAACUCGGCUGAGCAUUGUCACAAGGGGAGAAGCCUUGACAAGGAUAGACGUCUAUGGCUAUUCAAUUUGGGCCGGGUGCCUGAGCAAAGAGGCUUAACCCCUCGCCAUCAUCAUACGACGACAACACCCAUCAUGUCGCGAUAAAUUGGGUGCUCACGACAGAGACAUAAAUACUUGCAUUACCUGUCCAUAACACCUUCAGCUGUGCCGAUACAACGCUUUGCAGACACCGCCAGCCAGGACCUGUACAGCGUGCUUUGUUCCCUACAGCACUUUUCUUUCCAGCAAUUAAGGAUCAAUAAACGGCCAACGCUCUUAGAGAAGGGCGCGUGCUGGUAUCCAGAUUAUCUUCGUUUGCUUUUGUCCACUGUGAUUAUGUCGGGCAUGAAUGGGUCAAAGAGGGUCAACUCUCCAAAGGUGGACAGCACUCAACGUCGGAAACGAACGGGCAUUCUUUCGAGAACUCUCAACUCGAGCUCAAGCAUCCGAUGGAUCCUUCCGGCAAGAAUAAGAUCACCUUCAAAAGAGGAUGUUGUGUUUGUUGGGGCGACAUUCGUUCAACUUCACGAGUUCAAUGAAACGGGCCAAUUGGUCAACACGACGGCGAAGCUGGACUUUGGAACUCAGAUAACCGACGCGAAAGUCAUUUCGGCGGAUGUGGAGGUCAUUCCCACCGUCGAUGCGAUCCUGAAACAAGAGAGAGAUCAAGAAUAUUACAAUAUACGUGGAGAACCAGUCGGCGAUACCGACCCGGCACAGAUACUCGUACUCGUUACUGUUGACAACGACUUGAUCUAUGUCUACGCUAGAGAAGACGGCAGUGGAGACGUCAAACUCAUCUUCGCGAAGAGACCUCUGCUCAGAGGAGCAGGCCUGCCGUCGAGCCAGUGUCGAUACGUCGCUGUUGACUCACAGUAUACCCCUCUUCAGUCCCCCCCUGAUGGUGGUCCGCUGAUUAAGCUCAGGUCUCGUGCUCUUGCUGUUGCCUCUCCUGCAGGAUACUUUGGCAUUUUCAAGUUACGUCCUGUUGAUGAGAUCAGAUCCGAGAUCGAUGGUUGGGAUCCUCUGAAACAUGGUUCGUUCCGACCCUCAGACGAGCAACGCUUCAUCCAAGUGAACGGAGAUAUUUUGACAAUGACAUUUCUGCCCAGCCCCGAGUCGGACCCUGAGAGAGUGGUGCUUCUUCUCCUGGCCUACUGCGGGGAGGAAAUUCAGACGACACAUCAAUACCUAUAUAGCUGGGACACCCGAUCCCCACUUCAGACGAUACGGCCGAUGCCCAGUAGCGGUCGCGCACUGGUAGAGCCCAGGCUACCUUCGAUGCUCAUACCCUCUGCCCGGCCUUAUUCAUUCAUGGUGGUCAUGGAGACCGGCGUCUCGUAUUACGAGAACGUCCAUACCAGUAAUACCAAACGGAUUCAUUGUCCCUUUGGGCAAAAGGCUGCAGGCUCUUUUGAAUGGGUCCAAUGGGCUAAGCCUAGACGUCACAAUGCCUACAAGGAAAAGCGCGACGACAUUGUCUUGGUCAGAGAAGAUGGCCUGCUUCAAUACUUCCAGAUCGAAAAGGCUUCGAGUGCAAAAUUCAACCUGAACUGGACGAUCGGCCGUCUUGGUAUCAGAGUCGAUACAGCUUUUUGUAUGCUUGCUGGGCCCCCUGGCAAAGGUGGCGACAUCUUCAUAGUUGGCGGCAGCAUGACGGAUGGAGGUGUUUUCCAUGUCUCUGCAAGGGGCUCUCCAGAAUGCACUCAGGUCAUUGAAUCAAUCUGUCCUCUUCGCGACAUGAUUCUUGGUCCAUCCGGCAUUGAGCCGGAUGGACCGUGGUCGCAGGAGAGCCCGGAUCGUCUCUAUGCAUGCUGUAGUCGGGGUCAUGGACCUGGAUCACUCUUUCAUAUCCGAUAUGGCUUGGAGGCUCAAGUUGGGUGGACUGUGCCUUUCCCCGAUGCUUCCUUCAUUGACCGGAUGUGGACACUGGAAUUGCCGGAUCAAACCGAACUCUUGGUCCUUGGAUCACAGCCAACCCAAACAACAAUGGUGGCGUUCGAACUCGACACCCAGGAACUGUCAUUCACGAAUUCAGAGAGUCAUCCUGGGUUUGACUUCGAAAAUCAGACACUGGCUGCAGCUGUACUCGACCAACGAUUCAUCAUUCAGAUCACAACGGGAAGCGUUAACCUGAUGCCGACUGGACGGGAUGCCCCGUUGUCUGAGUUCUUCCACAUCAAAGGAGAAUUGCACCAAGCAGCCUUAUUCGAAGAGGAUCGCAUGCUCGUGACAGCAUCUAAAGGUGCUUCAGGCUACGACAUAUGCCUGGCGGCUAUCUUGACUUCUGCAGAUGGUGGUGCUCAAGUGAGGCCGGCGACUCCCACGCACCUGACCGAUGUACCGACUGCCCUCUGUUGUUUGAAGUUGCAGAACUCAUGCAUAGUUCUGAUAGGAACCGACAGUGCAAAAAUACUCGGGUAUACUAUCUCUCGAGAUCUUUCGAUGGAGCUGGCCUUCCAGUAUGAAGUUCAGGACUUCGAUGCCAGGAUUGAGGGCUCAGCGAUAAGCUCCUUGGUUGCGCUUCAACAAAGUAUCGAUGGCCCAGUCCUUGUCCUCUGUGGGCUUCGUUAUGGCAUUAUGCUCUGCUUGGAGCUCAGGCUGGAAACGGGAUCGCUGGAUGUAACUUUUGACGAUAUGUACAAACUUGGGUCGACUUCGGUGCAUAUCUUUGAGGAGACCGUGUUCUCGACGCAUUCUAAGGCAUCGUCGGCACUCGUCCUCUGUCAAGCCGAGGUGCGUCGUGUCACGCUCCACUGUAAUGCUUCUAUGGUGGACUACACCCUCUCGUCCCUAUGGAUCACGAAUCAUUCUGAACCAUCAGCGCAAUUUACGAUCAAUGCGCUUCAUCGUGUUCCGAAGCUGUCCUCUCCUCACCAAGAUCCAGGCGGUUUGCUGGUCUGCGCUACCGAAGACGAGCUCUUGUUCUGCUCCCUCAUUGCUCAGGAACAAGGCGUCACCAGAAGAACCCCUGUUGACGGUGCACCUCGACAUGUCCUAUACUCAGACUAUCUGCAGAAGUUUGUUGUCGCUUUCGAGAAUACCCAUCUGCUGACUGGCCUCUCUCGCACUAAACAGCCUGGUGGAAGCCAUUCGCGCGGUCGGUUGCAGGUGCAAGCCAGCGGGAAUAAGGAUUCUGUGCCUCCACGGAAGCUCCAGCAGGUUGGCCUUCAGAUAAUCGAACCUAGCAUGGAAGCCUCACUGGACGAACGACUCACAAUUAUUGUGACCGAAGAGACCAACGAGAGCGUCAAUGCAUUGAUUCACUGGGCACCCACUGACGGCCAGCAUCACUAUGAAUGGUUCGUUCUCGCUUUGGAACAAAAAGAACCAGGAUUUCCACAAUGCAGUGGUCGUGUUGUCUGUGUCAACGCCAAAAACCUUAGCAAGGGCGUACCAGAUUCCAAUCCAAAAGUUGCGUUCAGAAGCCCGGACCGACCUGUCACAGCCAUUUGUGCUUACAAGAUGUCUUCUCUCUUGAUUGCCGUUGGAACGGAGCUACAUCUCCAUCAUCUGGACUUCGCCACUCGCAAGUGGAAGACCCUUUCCAAGCACCCUUUGCCGUCUCACGCUAAGAGAAUCUCUUGUCAAGGUUCACUCAUAUUCGUCGCCACGGCUCUACAUUCACUGUUUGUGUUGGUAGAGCGUGACAACAAGCUGUUCCAACAUAAGUCCGACAACAAAGCGAGAUCAACCAUGGAUGUCGUUCCCUUUGAUGGCACAUCUGCGAUCUUUUCUGCCUGGAAUGCAGGCACCACUGAUAUCAUGGCUUUCUCUGGGUUUCGCAAGGACGGCGAAGAAGAGCCUUACCCUUUGUUCCACGCCAACUUACCACUGCUGGUCGACAAUCUUCUUCUGAGUCCAAGCUCAGGCUCAAAAGGCCAACGACAUCGCUUCUAUGCCAGUGCUAGCGAUGGCACGAUUUUCCAUUUGUCCCUGCUCGAUGAGAACGAGUGGGAGCUGCUGCAUUUUCUGGAACAGACAAGCUAUCUGGAUAAGAAGUCGAUCAAGGCUGUGCCUAUUGUGAAGAACGAUGUCGACGGUGACGAUGUCGUUAUUCGGCCUCCGGGUAUUCGACUGACAGAUAUGCAUGUUCGAGGUGACCGAUUGCUCAUGAUGAUUGAGGAGGGACCGUAUAAUCUGCGAAAUGUCUUGAAAGGGGAGACUCUGGAGACCUUCAAUGACUUGGCUUACGAAGUGUUGGGAGCCAAGAUGAAUCGGGUCGAGGCUGUCGCUGUGUGGCUGAGGAAGCUGCUUAGAUACCCAUCAAGGUCGACCCCUCGUACGUGACGCUCAGGAAUAUGUAAU